CUUUUCAUCACUCACUCUUACAUAAACACUUCACAAAAAAACCUCUCUUUUGUAUUCUUUUCUUUUGCUUUCUAUUAAGCAAAAUCAGCAAUGGCGAAGCUUGUUUCAUUUUUCCUUUUGGCACUCAUUGCCAUUUCCAUGGUUGCAACCACUGUUCUUGCUGCAGAUGCCCAGUACCACCUUGAUGGUUCAAGGUAUGGUCCAGGAAGCUUGAAGCCAUCGCAAUGCCUGCCUCAAUGUACGAGGAGAUGUAGCAGGACACAGUACCACAAGCCAUGCAUGUUCUUCUGCCAGAAAUGCUGCAAGACAUGCCUUUGUGUUCCACCAGGUUUCUAUGGAAACAAAGGUGUUUGCCCAUGCUAUAACAACUGGAAGACUAAGGAAGGAGGACCCAAGUGCCCUUAAAUUUAUUUAUUUUACCACCACAUUGCUCCUCUAAUUAUUGAUAAUGUUGUUUAUUGGUCUUCUUGAUCCUAUUACUACUAUUAUUUCGUUUGAAUCAAAAGGUCAUUAGUUGUAUGACCUUGCUGUUGUGUUAAAAGGUGUACUUUUUACUCAUGUAUUGCUCCUUUGGGCAGAAUACUUUUGUGUUGCCCGAUAUGAGAGCUGUUUGACCAAUUCUUGUUGGUCAAUUGUUAUGUUUUACUUUUUUCUAAUAUUAUAACAAAUGUUGUUCAGAUU